AUGGAAAAGACUGCUAUGGCUCUCAGUGGGCUUUUUUUACCCAAUCUAGGCGGGCCCAACGGUAAGGUACGGCGACUGUAUAACUACGUCGUGAGCUCGGUGACCCUAUACGGAACGCCGGUCUGGGCCCCGGAGGUGCGUAGCAACCGAAGGGUACAGAGCGUACUACGUGCCGCCCAAAGGAGAAUGUCAGGUCGCGUUAUUAGGGCGUACCGAACGACGGCCCACUCCGUCAACGUGGCCCUUGCUGAAAUGCCGCCACUUAAAUUAGCAGCACAGGUGCACCUGGAGGUGUACGAGAGAGUAGCGGAAUUGAAGGAGGAAGGAAAUGACCCAGUGUCGGUUCAAACAAUAGAGUCCAUCAAAAGCGUGGCGAGGAGGAGAUUGAUGAAGAAAUGGGAGGAGUGGCUGCCUCGGACAAAUCGUGGUGGGAGCGGAAUCCUCGACACGAUGAGGCCCCAUCUGGAGAAGUGGAUGGACACGCGGGCAGGAUUGACCUUCCAUGCGACGCAGGUGCUCACCGGCCAUGGCUGUUUUGGCUGGUAUCUGCGCCGCAUCGGCAAGGAUAGCGAAAGGUGCUGGCACUGUGCCGCACUCUGCGACACAGCUGGCCAUACGCUUCGGGAUUGCCUCGCGUGGGCGGAGGAGAGGGGUCGGCUGAUCAGUAUUAUCAGGAUAGAUGACGUAGGAAGAUGGUGGCACUCCUACGUCAAAGUUAUAGAGGACGAGUUGCGCAGCGUGGCGCGACUAGCGUGA